AUGAAGGUAGUGGCGUUGUUAAUAGUUUGUGUGCUGGAAAUUCGGGCGUAUCCCUAUCCUUAUUAUGGACAAAACGUGGAUACAUACUCAUACGGAUCUAUGGACAGGAAUCGUGGAGCUAUGGUGUUAAGCCGCUACUACAAUCCAUAUUACAACCCACGUACAGUUGGUAGUGGAAUGGCUGCAUUCAUGUUCAAGCCCGAAGAAUACCAGCCCCAAACCAGCCAAUACUACUUGCCAGACAGACGCCGCCAGACUCCCCAGGAUAUUAACUAUGCGCCACCACAACAGAACGAGGUUUACUACCAAACACCUGAAGUUCCCUCUGAACCAGAGCGAACGUAUGUCCCUGAGUCUCCAUUUGUGCCCUCUGAACAACCCGUAGCUACAGAAGCCACUGAAAUGGCAGACCCAACUGAAAGAAUCGAAGUCCCGACUACAGCAAAGGCGGUAGCAGUUCCAGAAAUAAUAGAACCCGAGGCAGAGGAUGUGCCGGAACCAGCUCCAAAGAAGAGAGUCACAAAGAAGAAACAGGUAAGGAAACCUGAUGAAGACGAGGAAGAGGGUAACGAUUAUCCCCCAAGAAUGCCGACAGGUGCAUUCUUCCCGAUGUUCUUUGGAUACGGUGGAAGAGCUGGUCAAGGUACUCCUCAAGGAGCUACAGCAAUCGCGAACGCUUUCAGCACGGGUCGUGGUGGUGUGGCUACAAGCCAUGCGACGGCCUACGGACCACCAAGAACCGAAAGUAAAUUGUAA